AUGUCUUUUGAUUCCCCGUACAACCGUAAUGUGUACAUUGCCAGUCUCCCGGCAAAUUACACAGAUGAGGAGCUCCACGCUUUGUUUGCCCCUUUUGGAAGGAUUGUUUCUACCGCUCUCGUUAAAGACAAAAACAAAGGGCGUUGCAAAGGUUACGGAUUUGUACUGAUGGAAAGGUACCAGGAUGCAUACAACGCGGUGAUUGCCCUUCAGGGGCACACCAUUGCCCAUACACGUGUUCAAGUGCGCCUGGCCCGACCCGAAGCAUCGGCAAAAAGGAUCUAUCCCCUCUAUUGUCAACAAGCCACGAUAAGCAAUACGGUUUCGCCGACGUAUGUCUUGUUAGUCCCUCAACCGUACAUUAUGAGUCAAUGA